AUGUCUUCUCCAAUGGAUUAUUGCUUGAUGGUUUUCUUUGCAGUUCUUGUUGUUCAUGCAAAUGCUGCUUGGGGUGUUCCGUUUGAACAAAAUUAUUUGGUUGAAUAUGGAAGUGAUCAUAUCCAGUACUUUGAAGGUCAUACAGAAGUUCAGCUAACUUUAGACCAAACUUCAGGGUCUGGGUUUGGAUCGAAAGGGGGUUAUGGCUCUGGGUUCUUUCAAAUGAGGAUCAAGUUACCAGACAAAGACACAACCAGAAUCCUCGCAACCUUUUACAUAAUCUCGGUUACGAGUAUCCAUGACGAAAUCGACUUCGAGUUCUUGGGCGGAAAUGAAUCUUUUAUCUUACACACAAAUGUUUUCACAAAUGGUGUAGGAGGUAGAGAACAGCAGUUUUCAUUCUGGUUUGACCCCACAGCCGAUUUCCAUACAUACAAGAUUCUGUGGAACGAUCAUCAAAUUGUGCUUUUUGUGGACGAGAUUCCCAUAAGGGUGUUCAAGAACAUCACUUACUCCGGUGUAGGCUACCCGACGCAGCCUAUGCGAGUGGAAGGGACCAUAUGGAGUGAAGACUGGGCAUCAAACGGGAAGCCUGUGAAUUGGAGCUCAGCUCCCUUCCGAGCCAAUUACCAAUGGUUCGGCAUCGAUGGCUGCCAGGCUCAAACUCUCAACCCUCAACAAUGUCACUCCCCUGACUUGUUCUGGAAUGGACAAAAGUUCUGGGACUUAGACGCGAAUCAAAGAAAAGCUUACGAAAAUGUGAGAAACAAGUUUCUGAUGUAUGACUAUUGCUUAGAUAGGGCCAGGUACCCCAACGUUCCACCCGAAUGUCAACUCAAUGGCUAA